GUCGCAGGCCAGCCGGCCUGGCCGCGAACCCCCCGCGGAUGCGAGGCAGGAGCGCUUGCCUCGCCCGGCGACUAAGGUGCGUGGGAAGAUGGUGAGAGGCCCGUAAGACCAUGCACUGCACCAUGACAUGCUGCUGCUGUUUUCUGGUCUUGGUUUUUCACUGCGUCCUCCUGAGUACAGCCUCAGUGGCAGCUUGCCCAGCGCGCUGUGACUGCAUCCCCCAGAUCAAGUCCGUCAGCUGCCACCGCAAGCGCCUCACCGCAAUCCCUGAGGGAAUUCCCACGGAGACCAAGAUCUUGGAGCUCAACAAGAACCGCAUCCGCUGCCUGAACUCGGGGGACCUGUCCCCAUUUCCUCUAUUGGAGGAGCUGGACUUCAGUGAGAACAUCAUCACCAGUGUAGAGCCGGGUGCCUUCAGCAACCUCCUGAACCUGCAGGUCUUGCGCCUUCGUGGCAACCAGCUCAAGCUGCUGCCCCCAGGCGUCUUCACCAAGCUCUCCAACCUCACCGUCCUGGACAUCAGCGAGAACAAGAUUGUCAUCCUCCUGGACUACACAUUUCAAGACCUGAGGAGCCUCAGGAUCCUAGACCUUGGGGACAAUGACCUGGUUUAUGUCUCUCGGAAGGCCUUCUCUGGCCUCCUGGGCUUGCAGCAGCUGACAAUAGAGAAAUGCAACCUGACGGACAUUUCCGCAGAGUCGCUCUCUCGCCUCCAGAACCUACAGGCCCUCCGGCUCAGGCACCUGAGCAUUGCCACAGUGGAAGACCAAAACUUCAAGAAGCUUUGCAACCUCUGGCAGCUGGAAAUUGACAACUGGCCGUUCCUGGAGGUCAUAUCGCCAAAUGGCUUCCAAGGACUCAACCUCACCUCACUGUCAAUCACGUACACAAACAUCACUGCCGUCCCAACAGCUGCCUUGAGGAACCUGGGGCACCUCAUGUACCUGAACCUCUCCUACAACCCCAUCAGCAUAGUCCCCAAGGGUGCGUUCCGGGACCUCAUCCGGCUCAGAGAGCUCCACAUGGUGGGUGCCUUGUUGGCCUUGGUAGAGCCCCAGGCGCUGUAUGGCUUGAGGCAAAUCCGCCUUCUCAAUCUCUCCAACAAUUUCUUGUCCACUUUGGAGGAAAGCAGCUUCCACUCUGUCAACACGCUGGAGACACUCAGAGUGGACCGAAACCCCUUAGUCUGCGACUGCCGCCUCCUCUGGAUCCUCCAGCGCCGGAAGACACUCAACUUCAACGGCCAACCGCCAAUGUGUUCCUCACCACCCGAGAUCCAGGGUGACGCCCUGCAUGACUUCCCAGACUCUGUGCUCUUUGAGUACUUCACCUGCCAAAAGCCAAAAAUCAGGGACCGGAAGCUCCAGCACAUCACUGCUUACGAAGGGCAGGCUGUGUCCUUCCUGUGCCGGGCGGACGGAGAGCCCGCCCCCUCCAUCGUCUGGGUUUCUCCUCAGCAUCGGAUGAUCACCAUCAGGAGCACUGGGCGAGUCGCCGUUUUGCCCAGUGGGACGCUGGAGAUCCGCUACACACAGGUCCAAGACAGUGGGACCUACAUCUGCAUUGCCAGCAAUGCUGGUGGCAACGACACAUACUUUGCCACACUGACCGUCAAGGGGCACUCGGCCAACGGAGCCCUUUAUGCAAACCGGACCCUGCACCUCAGUGACUUCAACGACACUUUGCACAACAACACACAGGUCUUCUUGAAGUUCACACUGGACCUCAAGACUAUCCUGGUGUCCACUGCCAUGGGGUGCAUCACCUUCCUGGGCGUGGUGCUCUUCUGCUUCCUCCUCCUCUUUGUCUGGAGUCGAGGCCGUGGGCAGCACAAGAACCACUUUUCUGUGGAGUACUCCUUCCGCAAGGUGGACGGCCCAACCACAGCAGCUGGGCAAGGGGGCGCCAGGAAGUUCAACAUGAAGAUGAUCUGAACUGCUGGCAGGCUGGGAGGGGGGCCCUGCUGGGAACACCCGCAAGGAGAACCAAGUGGGCUGUGGGUGCUGCUGCCCCUCCUCUGCCAUCAGUUCAGUUCAACUUCAAGAGCUUAGACCAGGCAAGCAGUGACCGUGCUGAGGGGCCUCUGCCACGCCACUCUUGCCAAGGGUGCCAUGAACCUAGUGGCAGCAUUGCCCAUCGUGGCUGGCCCAGCGCCAGCACCCAGCAAGGUGGGGCAGACCCUGGCACCCUGGCAGAGCCUGCUGCUGCCACCAUAGCUUCCUGAUGUGGCUCGGCCGGGUGGUAGCAGCACAGGACAGAGCUCCAGCUCGCCUGGCAAGCACCAAGCGGCCACCUAGCACCGCCCUGGUCCUGAUGCUCGCACGUGGAUGGGAGCGGCAUCAUUAGCAGGGUGGGUUUGGUUAGCACCAUCCACAUGCCGAGUGAGCUGGGAGCUCCUCCACUCAGUGCCACAGCCUGCGCUACUCACUGGCAGGCACUGCACGCAACUUCCCCCAGGCUGAAGGGCAGCCCUGGCCAGGGGCUUCUGCCCCUCUCUCUUUCUCCCUGUCUCUGGGCUUCCAUCCCCCACCCGAUGGACGGACGACGCGCUCCACGCACACAACACAGGGGGCUGUUCAGGUCUUUUUGCUGUAGCUGACUUUUGCCCUUUGUUUCAUCAACUAUGCAUCUUUCAAGUAACGGGAACGUUACUCUUGGGCUUUAAUGAACCUCGCCUCUCUCUCAUUUUUCUAAGUGACAUAUUUGGAAAUCUCUGUUGAGCCGAGUGCUUGUUUUUAAACCAUUUAUAUGCACGCCUAACAGGCAUCUUCCUGUGCGGCUGAGGACUCCCAGUGCAGGGAGGGAAGAGGGAGACCAACCCACCUUCGCCCGCCAGACCAGAGCCAGCAAGGUGGAGGCUAUGCUGGGGGAGAUGCAGUGCCUUGUGAGAGCCCUGUCGAUAACAUUUUUAAUAAUAAUGAGGAGGGUGUUGGCAGACAACCGUCCUCCAUGCUGAGACCCUCCUCAACAAAGCAAUAACCUGCUUCUUCCACUUGGCUGGCUAGGAUGGAGCCCAGUACACGGGACCCAAGAAGGCUGCGCUCCUGCACUGUGCACAGUCCCCCAAGGGAGGGCCAAGCUUUGAGUGUGUCGAUGAGAGAGAGAGAGAGAGAGAGAGAGAGAGAGAGAGAGAGAGAGAGAGAGAGAU